AUGUUAAGCCAUUGGUUCGGAGGACAUAUACCUGGACUUUCAGCUGCAGCAUGUGGACCCAGUGAAAUAGGUAGUGCGUCCUUUGACUUCUACCUGAUGACAUGGGACAUCAUUCAAGUCAGCUUCUAUGUUCAUUGUCUUACUUCAAGACUAUUUCUUAAGGCAUAUAAACAACGAAUAAGAUGGAUAUUCAAUCAACGUCAAUCUCCAGUGGCUACGAUAGCAGCUGGAACAAUAAUUCGACAUAUUCAAGUUCGUUGA